AACUGUGCACAGGGAAGAGGGAAGCCGAAGAGAAGAGGGGAGUUGGGUGCAGGGACACAAAGGAGGCCGUCCGGAGAGAAACAUGAACAGAAAGUAUGUUUAGGAGUUGGAUAUAUUUCUUUCAGUCGGCUGAGGAGAAGUGAUGCCCACCACUAAUCCCUGGCUACUACCCAGAGAUGCCACAUGCACCAAGGUCACCGACAAACUGUGCCGGGAUGCAGACAAAACUGAGCGCCUGGACUCCUCUGAACCACCCGCUGACCAACAGCAAGCUGUUUGAAGAGAGACGGACCCUGCUGAAAAAGUGGUUCGACAGAUGGUCUGACAGCCAGAGGAGAGCCGUGCUGCAGGACUUUGUGCUGAGCUGUUCUCAGGAGCAGCUGAAGUUCCUGAGUGUCAGUGUGAGCAGACAGCUCCCCCUGCAGGCCGCAGACUUCACCUGCCAGCUGCCCAGAGCCCUCUGCCUCUACAUCUUCUCCUUCCUGGACCCCCGCAGCCUCUGUCGAUGUGCACAGGUGAGCUGGCACUGGAAGAGCAUCGUGGAGCUGGACCAGCUGUGGAUGCCCAAGUGUCUGAGGCUCGGCUGGUGCAUCAGUUUCUCCCUCACGCCCUUCGAGCAAGGCGCCUGGAAGAGACACUACAUCCAGUCUGUGCAGGAGCUGCGACUCACCCGGCUGCAGACUGCUCCCUCCCCACAGCAGUUUGUGAUUCCAGAGGCAACAGCGAACAACAGCAGACAUGAAGAUCUGGCAGAGGUGGCCCUCGUCACAGAGGAGCGUCCAGUCUCCACUGUCCACCCAGCUGGAAGCAGCCUCAGGUUUGGGUUGAGUAAAGACAAGCAGCCGACUACACUUCCUCCAUGGAGAGAUUCUGACAGACGUCCCAAAGACACACUGCGCUUUAACUACCUGGACAACCUGGAGCCUGUCCAACAAGCCCUGAGAGGGCAAAUGAACAUCACAGCUACCACCUGCAGAGGUAACACAUCGGUGUCAGUCGACGGGAGAAGGAAAUCGCUGUCUGAGGCCACUUACAAGCUCCGCAAAGCCAAAUCUCUGAUGUUCCUCAGUUCUGGCUGCAGACCACAACAUCCUCCUCCUCCUCCUCCUUCUCCUCCUCCUCCUCCUCAUCAGGCCAAAACUCAACUUCGACAAGCAUCUUGCGGGGUCAACCACCCCAUCAUCAAGGAGACCACCAGGAGCCUGCUGAGCCUGGCCCAGUGGAAUGCUGGGGUCCGUCCGGGGCCGGUGAGGUCGGCGGUGCCCCGGCUGAGCGCGGCGGCUCUCAGGGCGUCCCAACGCUCACACCGGAGCUCUCCCAGUGCACCACUGUUUGAAGUUCCUUCGUGGAUUUGGCCUGCUUCACAAGCCAGAUGAUGAAGAGCAAAGCACACCGCCCCCAUGAGGAAGACAUCAGAACUACGUUUUUAGGACACAAUCCAAUGCACUUUGUGUUUCACAGGUGCCAUUUCUUUAGAUGGAUGGAGAGACAAACAAUUGUAAAGAACAUUUACAUUCACUUUUUUUAGACUGAUGACAAGGUUUCAAUCUAUUUCUAAUAAAAAUACACGAAUGAA